UUAGCAGAUGGCCGUAAAUGAAGAUUUAGAGUUGGAGGCGAGGUUAAGCCCCAGUAGCUCAACCCGAUGUGCGCCACCGCAGCUGGGGGUUGACCGUAGCGGGCUGGGCGUGAGUUAGACGGGACAGCACGUCCUCCGAACCUCCCCACGCGAACACACCCGCGGCCGUUGCUGAGUCUCCGGCUGUUACAAAUGCUUCCGACCGCAGCCGCCGUCAUCAGAAGCUCCCGUCUCCAGCUGGGCGUGAGGCUGCUGCACACUUCUCCCCGCGUCGAGAUGCCCAUUCAGGCUGGUGAACGUCUCCCCGCAGUGGAUGUCCAGGAGGGGGAGCCUGGAAACAAGGUGGCUAUGGAUCAGCUCUUUAAGGGGAAGAAGGGAAUCCUCUUUGCCGUUCCUGGUGCUUUCACACCUGGCUGUUCCAAGACCCACCUCCCAGGCUUCGUGCAGCAGGCUGCUGACUUGAGGAGUAAGGGUAUACAGGAGGUGGCGUGUGUUUCUGUCAACGAUGCAUUUGUCAUGGCUGCGUGGGGAAAGGAGCACGGAGCUGAUGGCAAGGUUCGAAUGCUGGCUGACCCAACUGGAGCUUUUACAGAGGCUGUUGACUUGUUACUUGACAAUGACCAGCUCGUGCAGGUUCUUGGGAACAAGCGAUCCAAGAGAUAUGCUAUGUUGGUGGAAGAUGGAGUCGUGAAGAAGAUCAAUGUGGAGCCAGACGGCACUGGGCUGACCUGCAGCCUGGCUUCCAGUGUUCUGUUAGACCUCUAGGCUUUGUCACAUAGUGUUUGCUUUAAAUGUUGCACUCACAAAGCCAAGUACAAAACUGUUACAGCUUUUCCCUUUUUCCCAAAGAUGGAUAAAAAUGCAAUAUAGAUGCUGCUUUAAAAAAGCUGCAAUUAAUGCGCACAAUUAUGACAUAAGUGUCAUUCUAUAGAAACUUGGAUCAAUAACUAUAUAUUAUUACAUGGAAGUAGAUGAUGUUUACCCUGAAGGCAUUAAUAAAUCUAAAAUAAAAAAUA